AUGUCAUUUAAUAAAGGUCAUAAAAGGAGACCAACCUCAAUCGCAACAGAUCAAAUAUUAAAGGACCUUCCAGCUACUCCAACUAGAAGUGUGAAGGAAUACAAAGCAGCAGAUGGCUCCGUAUUACAAUCUUCCAUGGUGAAGUCAGGAUCACCAACUAAAAGACAAAUGAGAGGUACUCCUUCACAAGUGAGGUUUUCAUUACCACCACAAGAUAGUAUAAAUGAUGAUGACGAAGACGAUGAUGAUGAUACUAGUGGCAUGAAUCUUAAUGAUAGCAUUAUAAGUGGUGAUUUUGAUCACAGAUCUAUAUUUAACUCAGAAUCUAAACAAUUACAAGCACCAUUUAGACCAGAUAAACCAAGAGGAAGAUCAACCUCAAGAAGGCCUUUGUCAGUUGCUGAUUCAAUGAGAGAGAUGCUCAAUACAAGUCCUGAUAGAAAGAAACUUUUUAUAAGAGGUGAAACUGAAUUUAAUAAACAACUUGUUCCAAUACCACUUGAAUUAAGUUUACCACCAAUAUUAUCACCAAAUAACAAGGAUAAAAGAAGACCAACAUCUUUGGUUUAUAACGGUACUGAUUAUGAACCGUUUGAAAUAGAUUACUAUACACCACAAGCAAAAAAAGUUUCCAAUAUCCUUCCACCAACAGACUCAGAACCAAGAUCAAAAUCAUAUUCACCAGUUAAAAUCACAAAGAAACCAGAACCCAUCAAACAGUCUAUUCCAAUCAAACAACCUGCUCCCCAAAGAGCAGAGAAACCAUUACCACAAGUUCUGUCAAAGCAGAUUGAAAUUCCAAACCUUGAUAAACCAUAUUCUCGUCCUGUUUCUAAAUUAUUCAAGGAAAAUCAAUUAGAUAACGAGGAAUUCAUUCAACAUCCAAGCAAGGCUGCUAAGGCACAAAAUAAUGAACUCAACAGAACCUUUUCAUUCCCACCAAGACCUAGAAAUGAGCUCCAAAAACAACAAACUAAAGAACAAUCACAACAACCAGACAUACAUCCACAAAUUAGAAUUUCACAUCAACAAUCUAAUUCCACCAAAGUCUUUAACAAAGAAGUUGAUCAAAUAACGAGAGCUGCUCAUCAAGAUUCACAUCAAGAUCGUGGUUUAGGUAUAUUCUCAAGAUCUGGCCCAGUUCACGAGCUACCCCACCAAAACCAUUCUGAGUUAGGGAGAUUUGCACAAGUACCACAUCAACAACCACAAUACCAUCAACCUAAUCAACCUCAAUAUUCUUCACAGCAAUCAGAAUUACAACAACAAUAUGCACAAACUGGAUAUACACAACCCCAACCAUCACCACAUAGACGCCAUGUUCACAGACGUUCCAAAUCAAUUAUUGAUUUCCCAGUUGAUGAGUUCUCAGAAAUUCCAACCGCUCAUGUUGGUGAACAACAAAAACCUAAAGAGUUACAACAAAUUAAUACGAAUAUUCAAAACUUGAGAAAUAUUUCUGACGAACAAAAUAUGGAAACACCUGGAAGUAAUUAUUCAUCUAUACCAAGUGCUAUUCCAAGUGAGAAAGAGAAUUACGAGGAUGAAGAUGAUCAAGCUUCAUUUGAUUCUAUUCAAGAAAGUUUGGAUCUUGCUCAUUCCGAUAUAGAAAGUUUAGAAGUUCAAAGUAUAAAAACUGCAGAAUCAGCAUUAUCUGAAGAGCCUGAAGCUGAUCCUGAACAAUUACUAGAUUUAGGAAGACUCAUUUUAAGUUCAAGAAGUGAUGUUGAUUUGAGUAAAAAACAACCAAGACAAUUAAAAAACAAUUCACCACCAUUGACAUCCAGAUUGAGAAAUGAAGUUACUGAAAAUAGAGCCGAAACUGUACCAUCAAGAUCAAUAGUUAGAGAAUUACCACCACAACCAUCUCAAUUACAACAGCAAAAACCUCUAACCACAUCUGCUUCAACUUUGAAUGUUCAAAAAUUACGUGGUCAGCCAUUAGGAUCUCAACUUGAGCCUCAAGUUGUAAGAUUGAUUGAUAACUCUGAACCUGAUAGAAUUCGUCAAAUUUCUCAUCAUAAAGUCCACGAAAGAACACCAAAGAAAGUUCAAAAUUCACCAAACCCAAGUCAAUCUAGUUAUGAAUCUGAAAUUAGUGAACCUUUCAGUGCCACUUCAUCAAAUCAAACAGCAGAAACAACAGAAUCUAUUCAUAAGGGCUCAACAACUACUAUUGAUUUAACUAAUGAAGGUUAUGAUAUCAUUACCAAAAAGGAUAAUAGACCUAACAGAAACAAUAGAGUUCCAUCAAAUGAUAGUUAUAGAAGUACAUUUGAAAAUAUCAAUGGUAAAGUUCGUGAAACUGUUAUCUUAGAUGAAGACGAGGAUGAUGAAUUAGUAUCAGUUACUGAACCAUUACAUAUUCGUCACAAGAGAUCAAAAUCUGCUUUAGGUAAUUUAGAAUUUGACAAAGCAAAUAGAUCAAUUUCCAACUUCUCAUUUGAAAGCGUUGGAUCCGAAGUUCAACUACAUUAUGAUUCAAGUGAGAAAGCUAAAGAAUUAUCAUUAAAUCGUAACAGAAGACCAUUAAGAACUUAUACCGAACAAAAUAGAACUGUUUUUGAAUUAUGUGAUGAUACUAUGAAAUCAACAAAGCAAGUUUUAGAUCAUUUACAAAGACAAAAAACAAUUUUAUUGAAUAAACAAAGGGAAUUAUUGAAAUCUAAGAAUAGAGAUGAAGGAAGAUUAACUUCAAUUCGUAAAUUACAAGAAGAUUUAAAGAAAGUUCAAUUACAAAAACAAAAAGCAGAAGAAUCACAAAAACAAGAAAGACCUCAAAAACCAAAAAUGACAAGACCACAAAGUUACGUUUAUGGAGAGAGUCCAAUCGUGGCACUUCAAGAUAGACAAGCAUCAAAUCCAACUGAUUAUUAUGAUUAUCGUAAUAAUCAAUCUUAUAAUUUCGAAACAUACAUUAGAAAUCAAAGUAAUUCUAGUAUGUUAGUAUAA